CAAAGCCACACCCAGACAUAGCUGGUCCUCUUGUUAUAUAUAAAGACAAACACUGCCUACUUUCACAAUCACUCUUGGACUCAUAAAUCAUGGGUACGAUCUACCCCAACACAACAACUGAGAACUACAAUUACAGCUACGAUGACUAUUACUUCGACCUCUUCGAAUUAAUUCCCUGCGACAAUAUCAACAUAAAGGCCUUCAGCAGAGUCUUCCUCCCUACACUCUACAGCAUCGUCUUCAUCGUGGGGUUCAUCGGCAACGGCUUGGUGUUGUGUGUCCUGGUCAAGUUCAGCAAAAGGUCCAACAUGUCAGAUGUGUGUCUCUUCAACCUGGCGCUUUCAGACCUCCUCUUCCUUCUCUCGUUACCUUUCUGGGCUCAUUACGCCCUCACCAGUCAGUGGACCUUCGGGAGCUUCAUGUGCCGUACAGUGACGGCGUUCUACACGCUGGGAUUCUAUGGAAGCAUCUUCAUCAUGAUCCUCAUGACUGUAGACCGCUAUGCUGUCAUUGUCCAUGCCCAGCCCUCCCUGUUCUCUAAGAACCGGUCUGUCAGAGCUAGCAUAGUCCUGAUUUUGUUUAUGUGGACACUUAGCCUGGGAGCUUCUCUGCCCACCGUCAUUUGGGCACAAGUGAACAAUAAAUCAGAAGUAUGGUCAUGCAGUGUGGAAUAUCCAGAAGGAACAGAGUGGAGGUGUUUUUCUUACAUCGAGCUUAAUGUCCUCAGCCUGAUUAUUCCUCUGUCAGUGAUGGUGUUCUGCUACUCACGCAUCAUCCCUAUCUUAAUGACCAUGAAGUCUCAGAAGAAACACAGAGCUGUCAGGCUCAUGCUGGUCUUGGUCAGUGUUUUCUUCCUCUUCUGGACACCUUACAACAUCGUCAUCUUCCUGAAGUUCCUGCAUCAUUUGGGUUACAUGAGCACUUGUAAGUGGUAUCAGGACCUGACCAUGGCUAUGCAGUGGGUGGAAACCAUAGCGUUCUGUCACUGCUGCAUCAACCCCAUCAUCUACGCUUUUGUGGGGCAGAGAUUCAGGAAUUUAUUUCUAAGGAUCCUCCAAGAGUGGUUUCCUUGUUGCUUUGGUUCGUAUACAAGAGUCAAACACGAGCCGACAGAGAGGUGGGUCUCGGUGUACUCACGCUCCUCAGUUAAUACCAGCACAGAGUCCGUUCAGCCAUAAGGGCAAAAGUGCAGCAUGUAGUUUAAACACAGUUAUAAGCAGACAAAACUGAAACUGUAUUAAGGGGGAAAAAAAUUACUGGUUAGGUUUCUUUUUUUCCAGAAAAGGUUUUUGAGUGUUUUUUUUGCUUUUGUUCGUAUUUUUGCACAGAAUAUGAGACAUUAUUAACACAAAAUUAUCUUAAAACCUUAACUAAAAGUUAAUAUUUUUGUCAUUUAUUUGUCAGACUUACACAGUGAUGCAUAUACAGAGGCUUUAUUCUGUUUUCAAAGAAAAUAAAGGAAAUGAUAAGCAUUAAACUGUCUGUUUUUCCUUGUCAACCUUGUAGAUCAUGAUCACAUGACUAUUCAAUUGUAAAAUUUUAAUCCGGCAUGAAUUCCGGCUCGAAAUUCAUGGAACGAAACCCUGCAGACACACUAACUGAAAAGUGUAGCAUUACAGUUAACUGUAGUAAGACUUAAGCUUCCUAAAUGUAAGAAUUCACCCGUUUUUCCAUCCGUGACUAUCAGCACAUUGUGCCCUCCUACUGAAUUCCUUGAACAUGUCCUUGGCGGUCCCUUGACCAACAACGUCAGCCAUAUAAAAACUGGCUAAAUUACCAACAGUGUUCUUGUCAAUGCUGCAGCGCCUGCAGUGAAGACACUGUGCCUUAAAGGGGCAGGUGGUAAAAAAUCAUCCUAAUGCACUAAAAUUUCACAACAGAAGUAACAGCUUUUAACACUGCGCUUAACCCUGGUUCUACAGCUAGAGGAACAUUUUACACUGGUGAUUUAGAAGAGGCUCUGAAGCUUUUGCAGUGUUAACCCCACAUUAAGGCACCAGUGUGAACAAGUGAAAUUAUACAGCAUGUGCUCGAUAUCACGUGAAAACCAGGACGUAGCAACACCUCGGCAUAAAUUGCUCAGUAGUUAGAGUCAUGCAACACGGUAAACAUCACAGAAGUGCCGCUGUAGUGAGGGGGAAAGAUGAGACAUUGAAAAAACAGCAGAGACUGGAUAUGAACAAACUACAAAAUGCAAAUUGGAUAUCCCAACGGCCCGAACCCUCACCCGUUUAUGUGCCUAAACAUGGAGGAACUUCGCUAAAUUUGGGCUGAUAAACAAAGUAACUAACUACGCCAUCUUGGGGGCCUACUACCGGCGAUUCACCCUUCAAUAGACUGUAUUUCAGAUGCCUCCCUAAGACAGAGGACACCGAUCGUAUGUGCCCCCCGACACCACAGCUCAUACAGUACAACACCACUGAGAGCAUUGCGACUGUCAGAAGCACCACCAUCACACAUGAAGUCACCACUCUCGCUGUAGCUGGCACCCAAAUCUGAGUGGAA